AUGCUCGACGGCAGAGUCUACACAUUUGGUAGCGGCACUUCGGGCCAGCUUGGUCACGGUGUUCUCCGUGAUGAGCCUCAACCCUUAUUGGUGAGCAGUCUAAGUCGUAUUAGACUUGUGGCAGUAGCAUGCGGAGAUCGACACACGUUAUUCCUAGGUGUAACUGGUCUUGUCUUUGGUACAGGGAGGAACACCUUUGGCCAGUUGGCCUGUGAUGACCUCCGAGACUUCUCUUCCCCACGAAGGAUCGAUGUGGACUCCUGUGGCUCCAUCCCUAUUGAUGUGAGGUGUGGUGGAGAUCACAGCAUGGUCCUGCUGGCUAACGGCCGUGUCGUGGCCUUCGGGUGGAAUGCGUUUGGCCAGCUUGGCAUUGGUAUAUCCCACUUGGGCACUACUCCAGUCUCAGCCAUCUCCUCGCCAACACUAGUGAACCCUCCUGGACCAGGUGUCCGGUUUGUUAGCAUUUCAUGCGGUUUCGCCCACUCCCUCCUUCUAGCUGACUCGGGUCGUGUGUACUCCUGUGGGAUGGGCACUCAUGGACAACUUGGCAAUGACGAGCGUUCACACUGUUGGGUGCCCACACUAAUCCCGACCAUUAGUCGAUGCACGAUGGUCUCAUGUGGAGGGCACCACUCCCUCGUACUGUGCGGCCCGAUGGGAGAGGUAUAUGCCUUUGGUAGCGGCUCCACUGGCAAGCUUGGACGUGGUGACGAUAUGGGAGAUACUUCGAUUCCCGUUAAGGUAUCAGGCCAGCUGCCACCCGUCGCGGCUGUUUGUUGUGGUGGUGCCCAUUCCCUAGUCAUCACCCGAGAUAAGUCUGCCCUCUACGGCUUCGGUAUGGGUCGUCGAGGUCAGCUCGGUGAUGGGCUACGUCGUUCCCACCCUCUUCCCACUGGUCCAGUCGCUGUUGGGGUCAAGUGUAUAGCAGGAGGUGGCUACCAUACAUUGGCAGCUUUAGAAAGUCGUGGAUUCAUAGUUUUCGGGCGUAGCACUCGUGGCCAGCUCGGUGUAGGAUUUGUUGAAGAUGUUUCGGUCCCUUGGCCGUUACCAUUUAGCGUAGUGGAUGAUUCUCUCAGUUAA